CUCUUAUCGUAGUCGUAGAGUAGUAGGAAACAUAAAAAGAACUAUAUGCUAUUAAUUUAGAUUGAAAUUCAGUAGUUUAAGUUGUGAUGUUUUUAACUAUUAUUUUGUUAAUGUGAGCUACUUUACUUUAUGGCGACGGCGCUUAACGACAUUUUGUUUCGUCUGAGUCGAUCUUCAAGUAAUAUGAUUGAGAGGCGUUCCAUUUUGCGUCUUACGGAUGUUUCAAGUCUUGCUGAACUAGCACACAGAGAAUACCAAGCUGGAGAUUAUGAACGGGCUGAACAACAUUGUAUGCAAUUAUGGCACCAGGACCCGGAAAAUACAUCUACUUUGCUACUACUCAGUUCUAUACACUUCCAGUGUCGCCGGAUGGAAAGGUCAGCCUACUUCAGCCAGUUGGCUAUCAAACAAAACCCGCUAAUGGCAGAGGCGUAUUCCAAUCUCGGGAAUGUUUUCAAGGAGCGAGGGCAGUUGAAAGAAGCAAUUGACAACUACAGACACGCACUAAGAAUAAAACCCGAUUUUAUUGAUGGAUACAUUAAUUUGGCUGCUGCUUUAGUUGCUGCUGGCGAUAUGGAGUCUGCAGUAAACGCUUAUGCAACAGCACUGCAGUACAACCCAGUAUGAUCCGUUCGCACCUUAUCAAGUUUUUUAGGAUUUAUAUUGUGUACGAAGUGAUCUGGGAAACUUACUAAAGGCACUUGGACGAUUGGAUGAGGCGAAAGUAAGGCGGCAUAUAAGUCGCCGCGGCGCGCUGCGAUUGUUUGCUUGGAUAUUAUUUUGCUAUGUUUUUUUAAAAUAGCGGUCCACAUGGCCGCCGCGCUGCUUAGUAAAUCAAGCAAACUUUCCAGCUCUCCUACGGUUUUUCUAAUGAACGAGAUUUUUUCUUUCAAACAGCUAUGUGCAGUCUCCGAUCGGUUGCUGUUCGUCAAUCCUUCAGUCUGGACUGGUUCUGCGAACAAAUGCAUUCGUGAGUUCCCCCUUCUCCUACCCUUCGCGCGUUCCCUUAAGUGCAAGUUUUGCACUGCGCUUUAAGUUAUUUCAUCAAGUUCGGCUCAAGGGUGGUGAGUCGCUGUCUGUUCUAGGUAGUGAUUGCGCUCGCAUGCUAAGCUGUGGACCUGUCGGUUGACAGCCGCUCAGCGCCCGCGUCUUCUACUUUCUACCUAUUUUCGUUUUUAUUGUAGUCAUGCUAUCUGAAAGCGAUUGAAACCUGUCCAACAUUCGCAGUGGCUUGGAGCAACUUGGGAUGUGUGUUCAAUGCUCAAAAUGAGAUAUGGUUGGCAAUCCAUCACUUCGAAAAGGCUGUUACUUUGGAUCCUACUUUUCUGGAUGCUUACGUCAACCUUGGAAAUGUGUUAAAGGAGGCUCGUAUAUUUGACCGUGCAGUAGCAGCCUACCUAAGAGCCUUGACAUUAUCUCCAAAUAACGCUGUUGUCCACGGUAAUUUGGCCUGCGUUUACUACGAGCAAAAUCUUAUCGAUCUUGCCAUCGAUACUUACAAGAGAGCAAUUGAAUUGCAGCCCAAUUUCCCCGAUGCUUAUUGUAACUUGGCCAAUGCACUCAAAGAAAAGGGAAAGGUUUCAGAGGCUGAGGAAUAUUACAACACAGCUCUGAGAUUGUGUCCUACACAUGCAGAUUCUUUAAACAACCUAGCGAACAUCAAGCGUGAACAAGGAAAAGCGGAAGAGGCAAUACGGCUAUACGUUCGAGCUCUUGAGAUAUAUCCUGAAUUCGCAGUAGCUCAUUCUAAUCUCGCAAGCAUGCUUCAAUUACAGGGAAAAUUGCAAGAAGCUUUGUUGCACUAUCGGGAAGCCAUUCGCAUAUCACCAACGUUUGCUGACGCUUACUCCAAUAUGGGGAACACCUUGAAAGAAUUGCAGGAUGUUCAAGGUGCGAUGCAGUGUUAUCAAAGAGCUAUUCAGAUUAAUCCUGCCUUCGCUGAUGCUCAUUCAAAUCUAGCUAGCAUUCUGAAGGACAGCGGUAACCUCGCCGAUGCUAUAACAUCCUACAAGACCGCCUUAAAAUUAAAACCUAACUUCCCAGAUGCGUUUUGCAACCUUGCUCACUGUCUGCAAAUUGUAUGUGACUGGUCUGACUAUAAGCAUAGAAUGAAGAAACUUGUUUCCAUGGUACAAGAUCAGCUGGAAUCAAAUCGCCUGCCAUCUGUACACCCUCAUCACUCCAUGUUGUACCCACUGACGCAUGACCAGCGCAAAAAGAUUGCCGGAAAACAUGCUUCGUUGUGUUUGGAAAAGGUGUCUUUGCUGCAUCACCAACCAUUUAGAUUUAGCAAAAAAUUACCUGCUGGGCAACGUUUAAGAAUUGGCUACGUUAGCUCUGAUUUUUGCAAUCAUCCAACUAGUCACUUGAUGCAAAGUAUUCCAGGUCUACAUGAUCGAACUAAAGUCGAGGUUUUCUGUUACUCACUCGCACCUGACGAUGGCACCAAUUUCAGGGCAAAGGUCGCGAAUGAAGCUGAACACUUUGUUGAUCUAAGUGGGAUUCAGUGUCAUGGAAAAGCUGCAGAUAAAAUCGCAAGCGAUGGAAUUCAUAUUCUUCUAAACAUGAAUGGCUAUACAAAGGGUGCACGUAAUGAAAUAUUUGCACUGAAGCCUGCACCGAUUCAAGCUAUGUGGCUAGGUUAUCCUGGCACGAGUGGUUCGACAUUUAUGGAUUAUAUCAUCACGGAUAUGGUAACAUCUCCCAUGCACUUAAGCCACCAAUACUCUGAGAAGUUGGCAUACAUGCCCAAGACAUUUUUUAUUGGGGAUCAUCAACAGAUGUUUCCUCAUUUACGCAACCGAGUUAUUCUAGAGAGCGCUGAAGAUGCCACCGCAGGGCGCCGUGUAACAGAUAAUUCCAUCGUUGUCAGUGGCUUGGAUAUCAAACCUCUACUACAAGUUGCUUGUGUGCGCGAAGUCACUUAUGGAGGUCGCUUGGUUGAGAUUCAUGGCAGCCAACGUAAAGAGGUUUCUUACUUCACAAAGCUCACCGUGUUAACGAUUCCCUCGUUACAGCCUAUACAAAACAUGAUUCGUACAAACAGUCCGUCUUGUACAAUUAAUGGCGUAACUAUUCAUAAUGGUUUGGUGACACAGCAAACACAAUCCAAAGCUUCUGCUGGUGAGGAAGUGCCUCGUGAUCUCAUUCUUACUUCCAGGCAACACUAUGGCUUGCCAGAAGAUGCCGUCGUUUUUUGCAACUUUAAUCAGCUAUAUAAGGUUGAUCCAUCAACUAUGAGAAUGUGGGUUGAAAUUCUGAAAGGUGUUCCGAACAGUGUGUUGUGGCUGCUACGCUUUCCAGCCGCUGGCGAAGCCGGUGCACUUGCAGCGGCCUCAGAAAUGGGUCUUCAGCAGGUGAAUCGUCGAAUUUUAUUUAGCAACGUUGCGCCAAAAGAGGAACAUGUUCGGCGUGGUCAGGUUGCUGAUGUCUGUCUGGACACGCCUUUGUGCAAUGGACAUACUACUGGGAUGGACGUUCUGUGGGCUGGUUGUCCUGUAGUUACCCUUCCACUCGAAACAUUGGCAAGUCGCGUUGCGGCCAGCCAGCUUCACACGUUGGGAUGUCCUGAGCUUGUGGCUAACAGUCAGGAGGACUACGUUCGAAUUGCAACCAAGUUGGGGAACAACCGGGAAUAUCUUCAAGCAAUGCGGGCUAAAGUUUGGAAGGCAAGAGAGUCGUCUGCUCUUUUCAGCUGUCGCAGCUACACUGCUGACAUAGAAGCCCUUUAUUUUCGAAUGUGGCAGCAGUAUGAAGCCGGCUCUAUUGAACACAUCGUAGAAUGGCCGUCGAAGUUCAAUAAGGAGAGUACUUAGUCUUGUCACCGUAAUCUACUUGCUUGUAAAUAUAUCAUUUAUUACUAACUUGGUUUUCUGCACUCUUUCUAAAGUGGUUACAAUGGUAGUAUGUUGUAUCGCGUUAAAAUUGCUGCUUAUAAGAAAUGGUGUGCUUGCUCGAUGUAUGUAUUUGGAUGAUUAAUCACUACAUAUCACCAACGAGUCACUUGAAACUAGGGGGUUUGGAUUAGGUUGUAUCGUUUCGUAUAUCUCUAUCGCGUUCCUGGCUAAAGUAGUCUUUUCGGCUGCUUCGUCCCAUGGCUUUAUGUUGGUCAGUAUCCUUACGUCUGUAACUUUCAUUAAGUUUGUCGUCGUUUAACAAGUGGUAGGUCAGUAAGCACAUUCAGUUGUUAAUUUUCUCACACUGAGUCACUACUGUUUAUAAUAAAUAUAACGGCAGGUUGUUCGUUGAUUUUCGUCUGCAUCACUAAGCGUCAUGUUUCUCAGCGUGUAGUUGGGGUGUAUUUUUAGAUAGUGAUACAAAUCACUAAAUUAUAAUCCAAUAUAAACUCAGUUUGUUAGGAUCUGUUUAAGGCUUUCUAAACAAGCUCACCCUAACAUCCGUCAGAAAGGGAAUUCCCCUGUUUGUGUUAUAUAUAGUCAAACCGUUUAGUCAGUUAAGAUAGUUUAUUUCUUAAGUCAUUUUGGGAAGUGUUCGUUUGUUACGGUAUUUAGGGUGUAUCCAAACUAAUCGACUUAGCAUACCUGAUACUCUACAAUGUGGUUGGGAGAUGACGUCUAAUCUUACUGUACAAUAUCAAGAAGUUCUAUAAGUUUUAGUUCUUGCUGUUUUUCUGUAUGGUGUUAUUACACUAGGUAGAAACCAGCUUGAGGUUACAUAUGCAACGAAAUUACAACCAACCUCUCUACAACAAAUGAGGCGACUGAAUGUUCAGGCCUGUCCCAUACGUAUUUGUGCUUAAAUUUGUUCACAAGAUUCCUCGUGCGAAGUAAACUAUCGAGUGAGUGAUGUAGUCGUUAAUAAUUGUAAAUUGUGGUGUAGGCAUAGCACUAAGCAUGAGGGCGGAACAAGCACUGUUAGAAUGGAUCCCCGUUAACAGUCGUUUGUGUGCUGUUCGGCUAAACGGCGCCGUAAGAACUCGGAAGGAUAGGGACACACUUCGUUGCCUUUUUGUCGUUUCUGCAUACGCUCCCACCGACUGCAGCUCAGAUGAAAUGAAAGAUGAAUUUUACAGAAAGCUAUCUGAACUUCUUCAGAAAGCUAAACGUUCAGACAUAGUACUCGUAGAAGGUGACUUUAAUGCCCAGAUAGGUAAUUUAAACCAAACAGAAAGGCAUUUAGGUGGGUAUUUUAGUAUUCCGGCACAACGAACAGAUAAUGGUGAUCGUCUGCUGCGACUGUGCCUAGACAAUCGUUUAUUUUUAGCAAACACAAAUUUUAAGCAUACGGAGAGACAUCGUCUAACAUGGCGACCCCCUACACCAAACCAACGAUGGACUCAAAUAGACCAAAUUGCCAUCAGUCAUCGUUGGAGAUGGUCGGUAGAAGAUUGUCGCUCAUUCUGGAGUACCUGCUUGGACUCCGACCACGCCAUAAUACGGGCACGCAUCUGCUUGCGCCUCACUGGACGCAAAGAAGCCAAACUAAAAAGAUCCUUUAGAACUGAAUUGAGUAGCGAGAAAACCAAAAGUCUGUUCCAGGAACAACUGAGGUCACACUUAGGUAGUUCGGAAAACGAGGCUGACC